AGUGACCCCUCAGCAGGGAUCCAAACCCCAGCUUGGGUUCUCACUGUCCCGGCUCCUGACCAUUCGUCCAAAACGGCUCUCCCUGCACCUGAAGGACACUGUGACUUCCUUGUUACAUCACCAGCUCAGUCACAAUUGGGCUGAGAGCAGAGCGUGGCCCAGCCCUCCAGGGCCCCAGGGCAGCCCUGCCAGCUCAGCCCAGGCUGGCCCGGCGUUGCCACACACGCACGCCAUGAAGUACCCCCUGGUGCCGCUGGUGAACGACCUCACGUUCUCUUUCCUGGUGUUCUGGCUCUGCCUGCCCGUGGGCUUGCUGCUGUUCUUAUUGAUCGUCUGGUUUCGCUUCUUACUUAGCCAAGAUUCAGAGGAAAAUGACUCAGAUUUAUGCUUUGAAUGGGAGCCCUGGAGCAAAGGCCCAUCUGAGUUUCGUUCGGACAGGACACGCCAUAGCCAAAAGGAGAGGCACAGCUGAUGAGGCUGUUAUGCCAGAUCCAACCUGCCAUCUGUUCCCGCCUUGGUUUCCCUGGAGUCAGCUGGGCGAUGGCAAUGGCCGAAGUGGAUGCGAGAGACUCGCCAGGGUGGGAAGAGGACUUUGGCGAGUGUGGUGGCGAGUGACAUGGGACCCCCACCUUGUCCCCUCCAUCGAUGGACAUAACGAAUGCCUCCAGAGGACCCGCUAUCCUCCACUGCAGACGAUGCCCCCAGGCCCCCGAGGCAGAGCCCAAGUCUGUAAAGGCGGUAUAAGUAGGCACACAGGGAAAAGAUGGCCGACUAAAUUCAGAGGAGUUCCUAGGGCAGGGCUGGGCCAGAGGGUGUGGGUCCAUAUUAAAGAAACCGGGGGCUUCCUGUGUUCAGGAGACCGCUGACAAAUGCGCCGGGCCUGGCCAAGUCCAUUCAUUCAACAAGCUGGGGGGCCGGAGCCCAGCGCCUGCUCCUGCACCAACCCGAGCCAUCCCCCGCCCCCUUGGCAACCCCUGACCUUCCUUCGCAUCUGUCCAGAGGGCUGGGGCAUCGUGCCCUGAUUUCAGACCUUGAUUAGCCUUCUGGUUGAUUUUCAUAACAAACAUUGAUUUUAUAACUAUC